CUCAGGGGUGGGGUCCAGCCUCGGUCCCGCCUCGGGGCGGGCUGGGGAUAGCCCAGGCUCGGGGCUAUCCCUUCGCGUGGUCUCAGCCCCGGGCUCGGGGGUGUCCGGUCCCGCCCCCGGCCCCGCCUGCGCGGUCUCCCCAGCCCGCCGACCCCACCCAGCCCUCAGACCCUGCUGGUCCGCAGCUGUCGCGUAGCUCCGGCCGCAGCCACCGCCGCCCGGUGCAACAGCUGCUCCAUCCAGGGUGUGUGAGCAUCGCCGCCGCCUCUGGGCCGCCGGACACUUCUCAGCUGGGCCUCUGCUAAGACCGCCGCCAUGCCGGUCACGGUGACCCGUACCACCAUCACCACCACCACCACGUCGUCGUCCUCGGGCCUGGGGUCCUCCACCAUCGUGGGCUCGCCGCGGGCACUGAUGCAGCCGCUGGGCCUCCUGCGUCUGCUGCAGCUGCUGUCCACCUGCAUCGCCUUCUCGCUCGUGGCCAGCGUGAACGCCUGGUACGGGCCCAUGGGCAACUGGUCCAUGUUCACGUGGUGUUUCUGCUUCUCCGUGACCCUGGUCAUCUUGCUGGUGGAGCUGUGCGGCCUGCAAGCCCGCUUCCCCCUGUCCUGGCGCAACUUCCCCAUCACGUACGCCUGCUACGCCGCCCUCUUCUGCCUCUCGGCCUCCAUCAUCUACCCCACCACCUUCGUGCAGUUCAUGCCCCACGGCCGCUCCCGGGACCACGCCAUCGCUGCCACCACCUUCUCCUGCGUCGCCUGCCUGGCCUAUGCCACCGAGGUGGCCUGGACCCGGGCACGGCCCGGUGAGAUCACGGGCUACAUGGCCACCGUGCCGGGGCUGCUCAAGGUGCUGGAGACCUUCGUGGCCUGCGUCAUCUUCACCUUCAUCAGCGGCCCCGAACUCUACCAGCACCAGCCGGCCCUGGAGUGGUGCGUGGCCGUCUACGCCAUCUGCUUCAUCCUGGCGGCCGUGGCCAUCCUGCUCAACCUGGGUGACUGCACCAACAUGCUGCCCAUCCCCUUCCCCAGCUUCCUGUCGGGGCUGGCCCUGCUCUCCGUCCUGCUCUAUGCCACAGCCCUGGUCCUCUGGCCCCUCUACCAGUUCGAUGAGAAGUAUGGCGGCCAGCCGCGCCGCGCCAGGGACGUGAGCUGUGGCUACUCUCACAACCACUACGUGUGCCCCUGGGACCGCCGCCUGGCCGUGGCCAUCCUCACGGCCGUCAACCUGCUGGCCUACGUGGCCGACCUGGUCUACUCCGCACGCCUGGUCUUCGUCAAGGUCUGACCGUCGUUGCCGGGGGCCCCCCAGGGCCGUCUCCAGCCAACUUUCUGCCCCCUCUGCCCUUCCUGUUCUCUCUGCCCCUUCUCCUUCCUGUUGGGUGGCUCACCAUCCCACUGUGAAGCUGCCUUCUCUCUCGUCUCCCUCCCCUCUCUGCCCUCCUGUUCCCUCUGGAGCCCUGGGGGUUUCUCUGUCCCCCCCCCUCCCCUCACCCCACCUCCAAAGGUGCUGAGUUCCACAGGCCCCACACCCGUCUUGCUCUUCAUGCCACUGGCCUCCUCUGGGGGCUCAUUGCCAAAGCAUGCCUGCCCGCCCUAGCUGUGCCUUAGUGUGUGUGUGUGUGUGUGUGUGUGUGUUUGGGGAGGGGUGCUGGCUGGGUCGCUAGGAAUCUAGCCCCCCUCUCUGCUGGGGAGAGGGGAGAAGGGUGUACCCUGUACCUCCCCUUUAAGUUAAAAAAAUCUGGUCACCAAUAAUUCCCAGAGGGCGGGAGACCUCAAGCGCAGACUUCAGCCUUGCCUGCAAUUGACUCCAGACAUUUUUGCCAAGGUUUAUUAUAAGAAAAAUUCCACUGCCUAGAGGCUGCCUUACAGGAGGCUGGGGACGGGGCUGGGGAGACUCUGGAGCUUGCCUUGUCUCCCUGCUGUUUGGUGUGCUCUCCACAAAGCAUGGUCUGCAGGACUCGUGGGGGGGCAGGGGUGUGGCCCUGCAGCCUCAGUGUCAAGGUCACAGCCUGGUAGGGUCGGUGAGCGGGUGACCAUGCUGGCACCCUCCGCCUGCCUUCCUUCCUUGCCUGGUGGCUAAGGCGAGCAGUAGGGUGGCCCUGUUCAGGAAAUUUGUGCUUCGGGUCGGGUGGGGUGGGGGGCCAGGCAUGGGGGGCUGCUGGCAUGCGAAGGAGUGGCUGUCGUCGCUUGCAUGCGCGCGUGUGUGUGCUAGUCGCUUCUUGCUGCUGCCGCCACUGCCUGCUUCUCGGGUUCUCACAUGCAUAACGUGACAUAUAUAUAUAUAUAUAAGUGUAUAAAUAUAUAUUUUAUUUUUUUUUAAUUCCCUGGAGCUCUCGGUUCCCGUGGCUCCUACUGUCGGUCAUAGAGAAAAGCCGUGUCCCUCCCAUCCUCCGUCACCCCCACAUCCAUCAUGUUCUUAUUUUUAAAAACUCAAAGAUCAAAAACA